UGUCGUAUGCUCCUGCAGUAAGUUUACACCCAGACAAUGUUACUUUGAUUAAGGUUGUAAAUUUGAAAUUUGAAAUUGUCUUAUUCUCAAUAUUAUUACCUUUAUUUUAAGUUGGUGAUGUCGGUAUUUGUGGCUGCUGAAGCCCUCCCACCCCAACCCACGGAAGCACUCCCACCAUAACCGCCAGCCCACCAACCACAACCGGCUCCUCAUCAACCAAGGCAACGGAGGCGUGCUAGGCCACCAAUUUUCCCCACCCGUGUCCUCCUUUUUGGGAUGCCAGAUGAUGUGGUUGUGCGAAGAUACUGGCUGCCACCACAUCUAAUCCUAGACACUCUCUCCAUAAUAGAGAGUGAUCUGGAGUCUUCAAUUCGGUAUCCUACAGCAAUACCACCAUUGACACAAUUCCUUGCUGUGUUACAUUUUGUGGCCACAGGGUCAUUCCAACAUGUUGUGGGAGACCUGGUUGGCAUGUCGCAGGGCCAGUUCAGUAAGGUCCUGCGGCGUGUCAGCCAGGCUUUCAUAAAGCGUGUGAAGCAAUUUAUUGCUAUGCCUUUGGAUGAUGGUGCCCUAGAUGUGGUGAAGCGGCAAUUUGAGGAAGGUGGUAGUCGCUUCCCACAUGUUAUUGGGGUUGUGGAUGGUACACAUGUAGCUAUUGUGCCACCAAGACAUAAUGAAGAAAUUUAUAGAAACAGGAAACUGUUUCAUUCUCUGAAUGUAAUGGUUGUUUGUGGCCCAUCCCUCCAGAUCCUUUCCCUGAAUGCCAUGUUUCCCGGAAACUCACAUGAUGCUUAUGUCAUUAGACAAUCAGGGAUAUGGCAGAGAUUAAGAUCAAGUCAACGAGCAGACAUGUGGUUAUUGGGAGACCGUGGAUAUCCUUGCACCCCCUGGCUCAUGACUCCUUACCGUAAUCCCAGGCCAGGACCACAGACGGCAUUUAACUCCGCGCUUACUGCCACUAGACAGCUGGUGGAGCGCACAAUUGGGGUCCUUAAAGGACGUUUUCGUGUGCUCCACCGCACUGGUGGCGACAUUAUGUAUUCGCCGGAGAUGGCAAGUAAAAUAGUGGUCCUGUGCGCUAUACUACAUAACAUCGCGGUAAGGAGUCGCGUAGAGCUUCCUCACACAGAGGAAUUGCAAGAUGAGGAGCCAGGGGUUGUCCGUAGAUUCGGUGGGGGGAGUGUUUCACGGAGGGGAAGACAAGUAAGGGCAAGCAUUGUGGAAGAAUAUUUCAGGUUUAGUGUUUUUGGUUUUACUUUUAGAAAUUAAUAAAAAACACUGUAUGCUUAUGCUCAUUUUGGUCAGAUGUCAUUUCGGUAGCUAUUGUAAGGUCAUUGUGUUAUUGUUAGGGUGUGUGGGAAUAUCUGAUUAUGUUUUUAAAAAAUAACAUUAAACAUGUUAAGCUUACAAUGUUUUUUUCAUUGAAUCUAAUAAUGUGACGUGCCUAAAUAGUGUCCUUAUUUGAUUUUUUUCAUCUAAUCCUGUUUUUUACAAAAAUAAACACCAACAAAUGAAACUAAAUGUUGGCCACUUUGUGACUGUGCAGCUGAUUUAUCGCACAAAAUGUGGUGAGUACACAGUUUUGUGUUAAUUUAAUUCUAAGUGUGUGUGUGUGUGUGUGUGUGUGUGUGUGUGUGUGUGUGUGUGUCCGUGUGGGUGUUUGUGUUGGGGGUUGUGUGAAAAUAUAUAUUUUUUUUCGCUUUCGCGACUGCGUAUUUCCGCUCUAGAGAACUUACCACUCUGCUCUUCACAGCAUUGCAGACAUCAAUAAAGUUUAUUUUAAUGACAGCAUAGAUUUUAGACCAAUCACAUGCUAACACACACUAUAAAUAUAUGCCCAAAAAAGGAAAACGCCAUUGCCAUGAUGCGUGCAGCACCAUUCACACGGCGGGAACUCCGCUUGCUAGUGGCGGUGAUGGACCGACGCGUAGGGCGUUUUAUCCCAAAUAGGGUUAAACGCGAGGCCUACGCGGAGGUACGCCACCUGCUACGGAGCCGCCUCCGCUGCUGCAGGAGCAUAAUCCAAUUAGAGAGGCGCUGGAGCGACCUGCGGAGGCGCACGCCAGACCUCCUGGCAGAGCUCCGCCAUCAGAUCAGGACCCUAUGUGUCCGCAGUAAGUAACAUUUCGUGCUGUGACGGGUUUUACGCAUAACCUUUGCAAACUUUAGUUAAGUGUGAGUGCUAAAAUGUUUUAUAAAAAAAUUAGCAUGAGUGUGUGUAGGUAGGUUAUGCAGUGAUGCAUACCUCCCAAUAUGACCUUUUGCAAGAGGAACAGAAUACUCUGCUUAGGGAUUUGUCACUUAAUUGUUAGUCUCAAGUUUUCUCAGCACAAGUGAUGGCAAUCAUACAUUAAGAGGGAAGUGACGGAGCAGAACAUUAUGUCCCUCCUGGAGAGACUCCUGUUGGGAGGUAUGGUACUGACUGUAUGUUGUGCAUAAUUACAACACAGGAAGAAAACUGAACAAAAUAACCUGCUCAGUGGUUCACCAAAUGUUAAAAAUGGGUGCGUUUUAUCACACUGGGGAUGUUGUUUAGAUUUUAAAAUGUGAAUAUUUUUUUUUUUUGGAUAGAAGGUAUUUUUUUUUUUUUACAGAUAAUAGGUUUGUUUGCUAAGGCCAACAUCAGCCUAAUAUAUAUUUCACUAACUUAGUAAUGUUAACCCUGUCUCUUUAACAUGGUACAGAACCGAGUAAUAGGAAUAUGCUGUGGGACAAAAUAAUUAUGUUUUAAUACAAAUUUAACAUAUGUCAUUAUAGGGCGAGCACAACGGCAAGGGGCUGGUGCUGGAAGGCAACACCAGCAACUUUCACCAUCCCCAUCCCCUUCGCCAUCACCCUCCCCCUCUCCGGCCCAAUCACCCUCUCCUGCCCAAUCCCCCUCUCCUGCCCAAUCCCCCUCUCCGGCCCAAUCACCCUCUCCGGCCCAAUCCCCCUCUCCUGCCACCUCUCCCUCUCCUGCCCAAUCCCCCUCUCCUGCCACCUAUGCCUCACCUGCACAAACCCCCUCUGCAGGCCACACCCCCUCUCCAGCCCAAGCCCACAGUUUGGACAAAUUCCCCUCUCUGCCCCCCUCACCCGCUGUGUCCCUAAAUAACUCACCCACACCCUCACCCUAUAAUUCAAAAUCCCACUCUCUAACUACAUCCCCCUUCCAUCCACUCACACAAUUUGACCCUCCUUCCCCCAUCCUGCCUCCUUCCCCCAUCCAGCACCCAUCCCCCAUCCAGCCAACCUCACCCCUCCAGCCUCCAUCCCCCAGCCAGCAACCACCACCCAUCCAGCCUCCAUCACCCAGCCAGCCGACGUCGCAGACAGAAUGGGCAUCAGAGGCCCCGGAGCCACUACAGGGAAGUGUCCAAGUGGCAGAGGAGAAUGUUGCCAUUGGAGAUCCCUCAAGCCUGGCAGGCAUAAUUGUAAGAAUGCAGUCGAAUUUGGAGGCCAUGUUGGCUGAACUGAAUAAUUUAAAAGAAUUUGUUCUCAAGAAAUAAAACUGUUUUUUUGUUAAAAAUUAUUCUUAAAAGAUUUUUGUUUAAAAAAAAAUAAUUGUGUAACAAAUAAAUACACAUUU